AUGAAGGUAUCAACAACUAAGCACGAUUUUCUUCCUGUGGGGGUCUGGAGCGGUCAACCUAAAAGGCCAUCAAAAAUGGCGAGAGGAGCAUCCUGGGAUACCUCUGGUGCUGACACAUUCAGCGUUAAGAAACCUCUUAUUAUGGACAAGGCACUCAAGAACUCUUUACGUUUAGAAAAUACAAUAAAGGCCGAAGAUUGUCCGCCAGGAAAGUGGGCUUGUAAACAGAAGAUGAUGAUAUCAAAGCAGAUGCUAAGGACAGCUUUCAAGAAAUCUAAGCAAAGUAAACGUCACGUGGCCAAAAGAGACACAAACCGCGCGUGCCCACCAGGGGUCUGGUCAUGUUCAGCUCAAAAGAUAUUUAAAAUUAGGACAAGGCAUGGCAUUAUGGACAAGGCACUCAGGGACUCUUUUCGUUUAGAGGAUUCAAGAAAGGCUGAAGGUUGUCCGCCCGGAAUGUGGGCUUGUAAAAAGAAGAUGAUGUUAUCAAAGCAGAUGCUAAGGACAGCUGUCAAGAGAUCGAAGCAAAGUAAACGUCACGUGACCAAAAGAGACACCAAGCGCGCGUGUCCACCAGGGGUCUGGUCAUGUUCAGCUAAAAAGCAAUCUAAAAUUCGACGAACAGCGGGAUCGUAUCCCCCAAUCUGGACACGGUAGUCCGAUAAUAGUAGUUUUAGUUUUUAAUCUUGAGAAUUGAUUUUACUUUUUAUUGUGUCAUUUGAUUACACUGCUCUUAUUUGAUCAUUUGAAUCAAAUAAAACACGAAAUUUGAGCUUCGACCGUCAUCUGCUAGUCUUGUUUAUUGUAGCAAAGCUGAAUAAGGUUUUUACUUAUUGUUCUCUCUCCUUUUCCGGUCAGCUGAGUACAUCCUGAGCUCUAUGGAUAAUACUGACAUUACUGUCUUCGCAUUAAAGAAUUCGAGUAUGACUUGAGACAUUAUAUUCUAAAAGACCCCCGCGAGAUACGCAAUUCUAUAAUUCUUGCAGAAAGACAUCACUAAGAUGUUUUGGAUCCUGGUUCUUAUAUCGUUGGUAAGUGAAAGUUUAAGUGAAGAUUAAUGUUUGCAUCCAGUAGGUUUGUUGUUUGUAUUAGACUAGUUGUUCGUGCGGAUCUUUAUAACCCGAAAAUGAGGCACAUUAUUACUCGUCCACAAUAGAGGUCGAGAGCCUGAUUGAUAAGAUUGGCCGAUGACGUACAGCACAUUUCUGUCAACAGUUACAUCUGACUGUUUACACACGAGCAUUUUAAAGUUUGCCUUCAUUUAGUUGCGCACGCGUGCUUCUGUUGAUAAUUUUUCUCACAUUUUGAAACGCUGAUCUCUCACUCCGUACUCUCCCUUAAGCUGGCCUCGUCGGUAUCAUGCCUAUUAGGGUCAAAGCAGAGAAUUUUAUAACUUUAUGCUCUCUUUGUUUCACCUCAAAAAAAAAUUCCAUCAUGGCAUCACCUACAUCGCUUUUAUGUUACGCAGAAUGAAAUAUUUUGUUAACAUUCCCUGACGAUGCCGUGGAUCUACGAAAGCUCGGUAUAAAAAAUAGAUCUACAGAGGCUCAAGGCCUUAAUUAAAUCCUCCAUUUAAACAUUGCUGAGUUCGCUUAACAUUGAAAUUUUAAGCUUUCAUAUCUUUCAUCUCUUUUUUAUUUUAUUUAGAAUGCCCCGUUGUCAUGGAUGUAGCGUUCAUGAUUGACGCGUCGGGAAGUAUUAUCCCACCAGACCUUCCUGCUUUGAAAACCUUGAUCAGUAAAGUUAUCUAUCAAUUGGUAAAAACAGCUGAUGGUGAGUUUUUUCUUGCAGUUAAAUGAUGUUCAAAAUUUCGGCCGUCUCGAAGGUUUAACAUACCUUUGUGAACUUGAUUUCUGGAUUCCUCAUAGCUUGAGGCAUUUCGACCGUUGUGAGUGUUAAAAAUAAGUUUGUACCCGUUUAGAAAAUUCUAUCAGCUGAUAAGUGAAAAAAAAACCCGUAAGCUCAUUGAUCAGCGGUUCCUUGGAAAGUAGAAGAAGAUGUCAUAUAAGCAUAGGGAUCUGUAAACAAUCCACAAAAACGUACGGAAGAAAACCUGAGACACCCCCUUCCCCACCUGGCUCAUCUACCUACAAAAAUUAUGAACUAGGAGGAGACAAAAGCUAGAAGCCAGGUAACCUUUCCUGCUCCACUCAGCCUUCUUGUACCAUGUUGUAAACAUUUUUAGCCUGUCUGUUUUGAGGACAGAUCAUCAAAGAAACGAUUUUCCAACGGAGACGGGAACGGGAAACAAUAUCCCAAUUACAAAAUAUCAAGACUCAGGAAAUCUGUGGCAAAAGAAAAAAAAAAUAGUCUUCAAUUUACAACCAGAACAAUAUGGGGGCGCUGCAUACUACAGUUAUCUUAGAGAACUCGAUUUCCUCCUGACAGUAAAAAACAACGAAAGUAGUGGAGACUUCCAUUUGCAAAUUGGGUAAAUGUAUCGACAAGGAAACCUUUUGAACAAUCCUGUAAUGGCUGGUUUGACUUUCUGCUCAAUGAAACACUUGCCAGUCCGUAGAUUUUUGGUUUUUAUAUUGACGAACCACAGCUGCGAUCCCAAACGUGAGAUCAAUUUCAAACGACGACAAAAAAGAUCAUCAAAAGCUGUGUCCACUUGUGAAACGUGGUACAUUAACAAUGAAAUUGGCUGAACAUUCUACUUUAAGAAAAGACGGGUGUGACAGUCUAGCCCAUGCAAUCUUGGCACGUGCGAGUCCAAAAAGUACUCGAAUGUUAACUUGGAUUUCCCCCGAGCAGCAUCUGUUUUAAGAAGUGUUUUAGAUGGCGUCGUAAGCAUGACUAGCGCUGAAGAAUUCCAAGACGUUGGUUCAUGCUUUUCUCAAAUAUACUUGUUUUGGUGGGGGUUAUCGGGAGAAACGCUACUGCUAUAGCUGAUAUGGACCCAGGUUCAGUCGCUCUAAAUAGCCUUGCAGAAAGGAUAUGUUGGAAAGAUCGAACUUUUUACAAGCCCCUCUCCCCUCCAGGACAUUUAGAUAUCAAGUGACCCCCCUUUUUUACUUAAUAUUUACGUGAUGACCCCCCUGUAACCUCAUAUCUCCUCUAAUAUACCUAGUAAUUAUUAAAAUUCAGGUCACAUAAAUUUUCUACGAAUAGUAGCAUUUACUUCCAAGCCAAAUGUUUUCAUUUGGCCAGCAUUAUUUUGUAAAAAUUUUGGUUGUGUACUGGGAAAAUGGCAUUCCACUGAGAAAGACUAGUCUAUAGUGACAAGAAAACACCGAAUUGAAACAGGAAAAUACCGUUUAGCCCUUUAACUCCCACAUCAAAUUUGUAAUUCUCCUUACUGUCAACCAUACAAUUCUUAUCAAGUUAGCUCAGAGAACCUAGUAUUGGAUCAACGAAUUAUCCCCAAAUUGAUAUUUUUCUCUAUUCUCAUCACUCAUCUGCUUGAUAUUGUAUUGAUAUUGUAAGGAGAAAUUCUUUCUUGGUCACUCAUAGGAGUAAAAGGGUUAAACACAAGACGCGGUCAGUUCAACAUGGUAGUUGAUCUAAAAAGUAACCUUUUUAACCUUCGCCAAAAGAGCAAUCACAAGGCAAAAUCAGGAUUAUGGAUCAAAUAUGCUUCAUGCAAAUGCUUUGCGCUAUUUUUAGCUCAGUCACCAGAAAUAGCCCUUCCAAAACGUGUAAAAUCUGUUCCGUUUCGGGGCUCAGCUGUGAACUGUUAAUAUAAAGGUCUGAGAUCCAUGGGCUCACAAGUACUUCGAUCGCAAGACAAAACAGCAACCAUUACAAGUUUUUCAAUUGAGACCUUGAUAUCUGAUCUAAAAAUGAACUUUUCCGUCAUUGUUCUAAUUUUAUUGCGUUAUUCCAUUCACUUGGCCCGUGCUGGCCUUAUCAGUGAGAAAAUGAAGGUAUCAACAACUGAGCACAACGUUCGUCCUGUGGGAGUCUGGAGCGGUCCACCUAAAAAACCAUCAGAAAUGGCGAGAAGAGCAUCCUGGGAUACCUCUGGUGCUGAAAUAUUCUUCGUUGACAAACCUAUUAUUUUGGACAAGGCACUCAAGAACUCUUUACGUUUAGAAAAUACAAUAAAAGCCGAAGAUUGUCCGCCAGGAAUGUGGGCUUGUAAAAAGAAGGUGAUAAUAUCAAAGCAGAUGCUAAGGACAGCUUUCAAGAAAUCUAAACAAAGUAAACGUCACGUGGCCAAAAGAGACACAAACCGCGCGUGCCCACCAGGGGUCUGGUCAUGUUUAGCUCAAAAGAUAUUUAAAAUUAGGACAAGGCAUGGCAUUAUAGACAAGGCACCCAAGGACUCUUUUCGUUUAGAGGAUUCAAGAAGGGCUGAAGAUUGUCCACCAGGAAUGUGGGCUUGUAAAAAGAAGAUGUUAAUAUCAAAGCAGAUGCUAAGGACAGCUGUCAAGAGAUCUAAGCAAAGUAAACGUCACGUGACCAAAAGAGACACCAAGCGCGCGUGCCCACCAGGGGUCUGGUCAUGUUCAGCUAAAAAGCAAUCUAAAAUUCGACGAACAGCGGGAUCGUAUCCCCCAAUCUGGACACGGUAG